AUGGACGUAUCCGCUCCCUUUCUCAGCUACGGGGCUCACUACCUCUGGAACGGCAACAGCUCCGACUCCGAGUUCUGCAGUCUGUCGUCUCCCGACGCCCCUUCCCCGGACCUCAGCCUGCCCUCGUCCCCUCAAACCUGGGUCCCCGGACAGGGCCCUCGGACUACCCACUCGGGGGGCCCCCAGGCCUCGGUGUCCCCAUCCUCGGGCGAGGAGGGAGCCUCUUACCCCAAGAGGAGGGGUCGGAAGUCGAAGAACCCCAGCAAGCAGCGGCAGAGCGCCAGCGAGAAGGAGAAGCUGAGGAUGAGGGACCUGACCAAGGCCCUGCACCACCUCCGCACCUUCCUGCCCCCCUCCGUGGCCCCCGCCGGACAGACACUGACCAAAAUCGAGACCCUGCGCCUGGCCAUCCGCUACAUCGGACACCUGUCCGCCCAGCUCGGGCACAGCGAACAGGGCCUCUCCCAGGGGAACGAGCCUCAGGCCGGGGGGAGGCUGGGGGAGCCCACGGGGUACUGCCAGCACGGUUCCACGCCGGGAUUUUGGGGACACCCCGAGGCGGGGCAGGGACAGGGCGCAGGAGCGUAUCGGUGCGCCCCGGGGCCCCCGUGCCCGUCGCAGAACCCCGGAGGGCAGCAGCACGGCCGGUUCACCGCCACGCUCGAGGUGUCCCUCCGAGACGAGCUCCUGAACUCCAGCCUGGACUCGCUGCUGCAGUCACCUCCGUGCGCAGAGACACAGUCCUAUCAGAUGUACACCAGAGACCAUUCCCUCUCCUCUCAGAUCGUCCCACAGGAGUUCUGGGUUUGA